CCCGCUCUCCGCUCUGGAGGGUGCAGUGCCGCCUGUGGCCACAGAGGGCGCUGCACGCAUGGCAGUCCGAGCUCCUCGGCCUCCACAUCUUUUUGUCUGAGAACUGCAUCCCUCUGCCGCUCUACAGUGUGCGAUAGCCUCGGAGCUGCGUCCGUAACACUGUCAAACCACUCCAAACGAAUACAACCGCGACCAAAAGCAUUAAUUCUACACAUUCGGCCAUGGCGUUUGCAGUCUGCCGGUGAAUCGGUCGUAUUUGUGACUGUUCGUCGGAACUUAGUCCGGGGUUGAAUUCGGGCUCGCUUUCUGUGUGCAUCAGUCUUUAUUAGCGAGCUGCCGCUCUUCUUGCUAUCAGCUAUUUCUUUAACUUUUUAAACACUCAGCUUCGCGAAUGACUGAGCGCCGGCGGAGUAUGGGAUCCUUGGUGUCUUAAGAAGCGUCUGAAGUGGGGUUUAACCGUUUUUGCAUGCAAAAACAAUGGCAAAUUCGACGGGGAAAAAUCUACUAGAUCAACGAAGGAAAGGACAGGCUUUCCUGGACGAGCUGCGGCAAUUUCACCAAAGCAGAGGAUCGCCGUUCAGGAAGAUUCCUAUCGUGGGUGGGAAAGAGCUGGACCUGAAUGCUCUCUAUGUCAGAGUCGUCGCUUUAGGUGGAUUUGCUAAGGUCUCUGACAAAAACCAAUGGAUCGAACUCGGGGACGAGUUCAACUUUCCGAGGAGUUGCUCCAACGCUGCAUUUGCUUUAAAACAGUACUACCUUCGAUACUUGGAGAAGUAUGAGAAAGUCCACCACUUCGGCGAGGACGAUGAAGAAGCGCAGCCGGGGAAUCCCAAAGUCUCUCUUCCAAUCGGUGCAAUUCCCAGCUCUUACAACUACCAGCAACACAUCGUAUCAGACUAUCUCCGCCAAAGCUAUGGACUGUCUUCGGACUUCGUUCCGCCGUGUGACUACAACAAACUGGUGCUGUCCCUCCUCUCGGGGCUCCCCAACGAGGUGGACUUUGCUGUCAACGUUUGCACUCUGCUGUCCAACGAGAGCAAGCACGCCAUGCAGCUGGACAAGGACCCCAAGCUGGUCACGCUGCUGCUGGCCCACGCCGGCGUCUUCGACGACUCGCUAGGCAGCUUCUCCGGGGUGUUCGGGACGGACUGGAAGGAGAAAACCUCCCGGGACUUUGUCAGGUUCUGGAAAGAGGUGGUGGAGGACGUCGAAAUCCGGGAGCUGAUCUGGGACAAGAACAGCCCAGCACAAGUUCUCUCUGCAGAUGGUACGUCAAGGGAGGAGCGCUGGCAGAGCCUCUUCCACCCACCGCGGAACCAGGGCAUCAGCGACAUGGAGGCCCAGCGGGUCCUGCAGAUUGCCGUUAUCCUGCGGAACCUCUCCUUCGAGGAGGCCAACGUCAAGCUGCUGGCGGCCAACCGAACGUGCCUGCGUUUCCUUCUGCUCUGUGCCCACUGUAACCUCAUCUCACUCCGACAGCUCGGACUCGACACGUUGGGCAACGUGGCUGCCGAGCUCCAGCUGGAUCCUGUUGACUUUCGGACGACUCAUCUGAUCUUUCACACCAUCACCAAAUGUUUGAUGUCCAGGGACCGGUUUCUCAAAAUGAGGGCCAUGGAAAUCCUGGGCAACCUCAGCAAGGCAGAGGACAACGGCGUGCUCAUCUGCGAGUACGUGGACCAGGACUCUUACCGGGAGGUGAUCAUGCUCCUCACGCUGCCGGACCUCAUGCUCCUCAUGGCCUCCUUGGAGGUGCUGUACCUGCUGGCCCAGCUCGGAGAGAUUCCCUGCAGCAAGAUCGCCUCCGUCGACCACAGCAUAGACCUGUUGGUGCGGUUAGUAUCGGUUGACCUCCACACGUUUGGACCCGACGCCCUGACAGCGGUGCGGUUGAUCGAGCAUCAGGCCAGCGCCGACCAGGCGGCCGAGGCCCGACCACAGCUGGUGGAGCAGGUCCCUGCAGCCGUGCAGGGAGCAGCAGCGCCUGUAACGAGGGUCCCGGUUCAGUCCACCCAACCCCCACCUGGUAUUGUUGAACUCGACGGGGAAAAAUUUACACUGCAGUGGCUGAACGCACACUUUGAGACAAACCCAGAGGGCUCCGUGUCUCGAUCAGAAAUGUACUCAGAGUACCUGGCCACGUGUAGUAAAAUGGGACGAAGCAACAUCUUGAACUCCACCGGCUUCCUCAAAUGUCUGCGGACCGUGUUUCCCAACCACACAAUGCGGCGGCAAGACGAGGCCAAGACCAGCGGUCAGCUUCACAUUCUCCUGGUAGGGCUGAGGCGCCGGGCGAUCCCUCUGCCCAUCCAGCUGUACUACCAGCAGCCCCAGCAGCAGAACCCGGCAGCAGCUCCAACACCUCCGGCAGCCCGGCACCAAGCCACUGGCGACCCUCAGGCCCCGCCUCCAGGCUUACCUCUCGGGCCUCCAAGUCUUGGACCCCAGUUUGUCCGGGUGAUGGGCCCCAACCUGGGCAUCGCUGGUGCCGCCUUGACUGCACAGGAACCUCCUCAUGCGAGCCACCCGACUGUUUCCCGCCACCCGGUGCCCCUGCAGGCUUCACCAAAUCCUCUGGCAGCAGUGCAGCAGCAACCAGUCCGGUCCGGUCUAGUGGUCCAGAUCCCGACGUCGGCGCCGGCCACCCAGAACCACAGCCCCCAGAACCCUGCGACUCAGCAGCACUCCCCCAUGCUCCCCACGGGGACACCUGUCACGCUAUUUCAGCAGGUACCCCAGGGCCACAUCCUCACCGCCAGGGUGCACGGCGUGUGCCCUCCGAUCACCCAGCACCCAGCCCUGCCUCAAACCCCUCCCCUGUCUGGGCCUCAAGGCGGAGCUCCCCAGGCAGAGCCUCAGGGUGUUGCCGCGGCAUCGACGCUCUCUUCUUCCAUCCAGGCGGGGGGUGGGGGUCAGGUGUUUAGCAUCGCGGGUGUGGCCAAUUCCCAGGGGUCACGCGUCGCAUUUCAGAACAUCGCCCCCAAGCCGGCACCAAGCCAGUCGGGCGGACCGGCGGCCAUGAUGGCCACUCCCAACCAGCAGCAGUCGCAGAGCCUUGUAAUAGUCGGUCCCAACCCCCAGCAGAACCCAGCCUACACCCCUGCCAUACACCAGAUCGUUCUUGCCAACCCCUCCGCCAUCCCCGGCCCCCAGACGAUCCAGAUAGCAGGGCAGGCUUCAAGCCCCUGCCCGCCUCCUGCUUCUCAUUCCAACACCCAGGUCCAGCCCAAUCAAACUGUCAGCCACGCACUGUCCAUGAAACGGCACCAACAGCAGCUCCAGCUUGUUUCUCAAACUCCCCCCACUCAGCCUACCUCCACCGAGUCCAGCUUGAUCAAACAGCUACUGCUUCCAAAGCGAGGGCCUUCUACUCCGGGAGGAAAGCUCAUCUUACCCGCUCCACAGGUGCCCACUCCGAACAGCAUGAUGGCGCCCAGUCCGCAGGUCAUCUACCAGACGAGCUACAGCACCCAGAGUCCCCCUCCUCAACCUCAGCAGCUCAAUGUCCAGCUGGUUCCUGGUCAGGUUCCCGCUGUAGGAGCCCCAGCCCUCCAGACGGUCCAGCUCUUGCCAGGCCAGCUCAUUUCCACAAGUAGCCCGGGGGCAGCUACCAUCAUCCAGGGCCCCACAGCAGCUGGACAAGUCACAUUCACCGUGGUCCCCACCACUGGCUUCACCACCUCUACCGCCGCCGUUGUCAGCCAGGGUGCUGUGGCUCCGGGAGUCCCCCCUCCUCCGUUCUCUACUGUAUCAGUGCUCCACCACGCUCCACCACCACUGCCAGCUCCCCUCAGAGGAGACAAGAUCAUCUGUCAAAAGGAGGAGGAGGCCAAGGACGCCACGGGGCUGCACAUCCAUGAGAGGAAGAUAGAGGUGAUGGAGAACUCGUCUUUGGCAGAAGGAGACUCCAACGGCAAAACCAGUAAUGGAGACGUUGCUGCGGGUGCCAAGCUGCUAAAUGGUCGGAAGUGCAUGGAGUCUAAUCUACCUCCAUACCACUCAGGAAACACCCAGGGGGCCCUCAAUGGCCCGGCUACGGAGGGCCACCCUGCUAAUGGGAAGCAGGCCCUCUCCCCCAGUCUGAACACCCCUCUGGAGGGCAACCCCGACCCCAAAAAGACUCUGGUCAACGGGGUGUGUGACUUUGAUCGGGUUGACGGUGGCGGCAACUUAAACAAAAACAUUCCAAAUCACAUUGCUUCCAAACAGUACUUGGGGAACGGGGAGGUGGGCCCUUCUGAGAAGAGUCCCGGGUCAGACCCCCCUCUUUCUAGUCCUCCUCCCCCCCAGCAGGACACUGCCAAAGCCCAGCUGGCCGAGCGCCUGGCGAACGGACCCCAGGCAGUAGGCAACAGGCCUCCCUCGGAAAUAACCAAUGGACCUUUGGGGCCAGGCCACGGCGUGCCUGCACUAAGACAGCAACUGCUCCCCAACUCCCCCCUCUCCCCUGCUUUUACCGUUACCUCCCAGAGUCCCGCCAACGGAGUGGCCUCCGAGGCCCGGGGUCUCAAGAGGCCCGCUGAGAGCGAGGACCGCGGCGGGGCGUCGUCGUCCUCGGGCAUCCCCAACAAAGUGGGGGUGCGGAUCAUCACCAUCAGCGACCCCAACAACGCCGGCAGCAGUGCCACCAUGGUGGCGGUGCCGGCAGGAACGGACCCAAGCACAGUAGCCAAAGUAGCAAUAGAGAACGCUGCUCAGCAGAGGAACUGCUCGCUCACACUGGCAGCUGGCUCGACGCCUGCAGUUACCCCGCCCCCUGCGUCCCAGCCCGCCCUGGGCGGUAACCACAGCCCGCACCUCUCGGCGCAGCAGAGCCCCGCAGCGCCGCCGCCACCGGAGCAGAUCAGGAAAGCCGGGCAGAACUUCAAGUGUCUGUGGCAGUCCUGUAAACGGUGGUUCGAGACGCCGUCGCGGGUGUUUUACCACGCCGCCAUGCAGCACGGCGGAAAAGGAGUGUACGGGGGGCAUUGUCAAUGGGAGGGGUGUGAACCUUUUCCCCGGCAGAGACUGUCCUUCAUCACGCAUCUACAGGACAAGCACUGUUCUCGAGAGGCUUUGCUGGCUGGACUCAAACUAGAGGAGCAGCAGGCGCAAAGUCCCAAUCAGACUUCUUCCCAGACUUCGCCGGCGGCAGGCAGCACUCCGACACCGCGAGCACCGAAAGCAAUCGUGAAUCACCCGAGCGCAGCUCUCAUGGCCCUUCGCAGAGGCUCUCGAAACCUGGUCUUCAGGGACUUCACUGAUGAGAAAGAGGGACCAGUGACCAAACACAUACGACUAACUGCUGCCUUAACGUUAAAGAACAUCGCCAAGCACUCCGACUGUGGUCGUAUGUUGGUGAAGAGGCAUGAGACGCACCUGUCCGUGCUGGCGCUAAGUAACAUGGAGGUUUCCACCACGCUCGCCAAAUGCCUUUACGAACUGACGCGCUCGCUUCAGGCUUAACGCUUAAAAAAAAAAAAAAGGACAACCUCGACUCCUCUCCUGAGACGAGAGGAGGAAGCCACCGCCGGUGAGCCGUAGCGGGUCUGCAGAGGGGGGGGGGGGACCGGAACGAAGACCCUCCUUCUGCCGCGCCUCACCUCUUUCCUCGCCAACCUGUGUUCCAACCCCCCCGCCCUCCCCUAUCCACCCAAAAACACACACACACACACAAAAAAAAAAAAAACUGCCACAGGGGUCUUCCACCAGCUGCCCACCAGGGGGGGCUCUUUAAAACUGCUUCCCCAGCGGGACUCCACCGACGAAACCCCAAACAUGAGCACAUUUCGUUUAGGUUCUUUUUGUUCUGUUUCCUCUUCGUCCCGUGAACUGAUGUGUGCGCUGGAGUGAGUGGCGGUUGACUGAAGAGUACGGAUGGACGGUGGGGGGGCUAUUGUAAGUGUCCCACAGGGUUGGGUGGAGGAGGACUCGGCUGGCAACUGGCACAGAUGAUUUUUUGUUUUUGUUUUUGUUGUUUUCUUUAGAAACUUGGUAGCUUGGUUUUCUUACUUGAGUCAAUAUAUUUUCACUUAUUUAUUAUUGAAAUGAAUACCAUUACAAUUAAUGAAAAAGAAUCUUGUAAAUAUGUUGUGAAUAUAUAUAAAGAAGAUCCUCUUUCAUGCCGAUGCAGCCACUGGAGAACUUGCUCUGUGGAGUAAUAGAAGCAUUACUUUGGUAGAAUUGAAUAAAGUAGUAUGUUUUCGUUUGUUGCUUUUUUUUAUGAUCCCUGGUCACUUGUAUCUAAUGUGAUUCUAUACUCAGCAGUGGAUGAAUGUACUUAAAAACCUGUAAAUAAUUCUGCAAAGGUACUGAUGCUGUAAAGCUUAGGGAGGGGGUAAAAAACAGUUUUUUGUGGAACUGUGACAUUUUUUGUAUUAUAAUACCUUGUAGAACUCAUUUUGCUGGCUGAAAGAGUAUGGAAUAAUAUAUCUCAUGUCAUUUUGUAGAAGAAAAAAAAAAUAUUGAAGGUAUUCUCUUCCCUUCCUCUUCCCUCACACGCCUCUCCCCUCAACACACACACACACAAGUAACAUAUAUCCACUGUAAGCGUUUUGUCAUUGUACGGGCCACAGUGCACGUACCAAAAUUUUUUUGUAUUUGUAAAUUGGUUUAAAUACAUGGAGUUUUUAUACAGGUUUUCUCCUGUGUUCUUUGCUUUACGUGCAGGUAUGAUAUUUUCUUCACUACUUUUUUCUAUCUUAAUAUAGUGUGGAGUUUUAUUGUACUAUUUUUUCAUUCUUAAUACCAUGCCACAUUCCGGCUCACGUCCUCAGACUGUCCUCUCUACCGUGUGUUGUGUAACAUUUAUGACUGCCUGUCGUAUUAGCAUCUGACCGGGGCGACCCUACCAUCCUCAUUUCUGCGGUGUCAGUAGGAUGUGUGACUAUACAUAGACCUAACAGUCUGUUAGAGAUUGGCUUUAUUUACUUUGGUGACUGUUUAUAGUUUUUAAAUAAAACACUGAACAUUUUG